GCCGCCGGCCUCUGUGCCUUCCGCCGCUGCGCGCUGGAGAAGAGGAGCUCUCCCCGGGGGUCUCCGGGGCCCGGAAGCCCGGCCGGCCGGCAUGGCGGCCCCCUCCCGUGCCUAGGCCCCAGCAUGGCCGAGUGCAGACAGGCCCCCGGGGGCCGGGAGACCCCGCCGGGCGAGCUGCGGCCGGAGCCGGUGGAGGACGCGGCGCCCCGGAGCCCGGCCGCCGAGCCGCCCGCGGCGGGCCGAGGCCGCGGGGGCGACGCCAAAGUGCCCCCGCGGGAAGAGGAGGAGCUGGACCCCCGCAUACAGGAAGAGCUGGAGCACCUGAACCAGGCCAGUGAGGAGAUCAAUCAGGUGGAGCUACAGCUAGAUGAAGCCAGAACUACCUAUCGCAGGAUCCUGCAGGAAUCGGCCAGGAAGCUCAACACUCAGGGCUCCCACCUGGGCAGCUGCAUCGAGAAGGCCCGGCCCUAUUACGAGGCCCGGCGGCUGGCCAAGGAGGCCCAGCAGGAGACACAGAAGGCUGCUCUGCGGUAUGAGCGGGCCGUGAGCAUGCACAAUGCCGCCCGGGAGAUGGUGUUUGUGGCUGAACAGGGUGUCAUGGCUGACAAGAACCGGCUAGACCCCACGUGGCAAGAGAUGCUCAACCACGCGACCUGCAAGGUGAACGAGGCAGAGGAGGAGCGGCUCCGAGGAGAGCGGGAACACCAGCGAGUGACCCGGCUGUGCCAGCAGGCCGAGGCCCGCGUCCAGUCCCUGCAGAAGACCCUCCGGCGGGCCAUUGGCAAAAGCCGCCCCUACUUUGAGCUCAAGGCCCAGUUCAGCCAAAUCCUGGAGGAGCACAAGGCCAAGGUGACGGAGCUGGAGCAGCAGGUGGCUCAGGCCAAGACUCGCUACUCCGUGGCCCUGCGGAACCUGGAGCAGAUCAGCGAGCAGAUCCACGCGCGCCGCCGGGGGCUGCCCCCCCACGCCCCCGGCCCCCGGCGCUCCUCCCCCGUGGGCGCCGAGGACGGGGAGUGCGGGACGGAGGGGGCUGAGGGUGGGGGGCUGGAGGAGGAGGCGGGCCUGGGGCCCGGCCCCACCCCCGACGUGGACACGCUGAGCCUGCUGAGCCUGCGCACGGUCGCCUCUGACCUGCAGAAGUGUGACUCCGUGGAGCACUUGAGAGGCCUCUCGGACCACGCCAGCCUGGACGGCCAGGAGCUGGGCCCGCAGAGCCGGGGCCGCCGGGGCAGCGACGGAGGGGCCCGGGGGGGCCGCCACCAGCGCAGCGUCAGCCUGUAGCCAGCACCCGGCCAGGACUGGUGGCAUCACCCUCCCGGACGUGGGCCUCCCAGGCCCCGAGCCCCGCCUCCGGGCUCUCCCCCAAGGUCCUCGUCGGCAGUGCUUCCCAGGAGAGUCCGUGUGUCCAGUGCCCCGGCGCCUCGUGGUCUCCACCUCCCCUCACGCAUCCACCAAGAGGCAGCUCUCUCUUGGCCUUGCUCGUUCCGAAGGCUUGCUCUCCGGCCUGCCCAUCUCCUCGUCUGUGCUGCCGCCUCUGUCGGAUAACGCCUGCUUUCCUCUCUCUGUCUGAGCUCCAGCUGUCCGGCUCUUCCCCUCAGGGAACUUGAUAUAGAAGACACAGGAAGCUCUUCGGAGAAAAUGAGUCCUCUGACCUGACUGGACGGACAGGCUUCCCCCUGCUGCCCCCUGACCCUGGCCCUACCCCAGGCAGCUCCCAGGGUGCCCUAGGAAUGCUGCUGAGGCCUGUGGCUCUGCCCUGCCUGCCUCUGGAAGGCACCGUCUUCCCUGCGAGGUCCCUUCUGACCUGGGCCUUGUGUGACGAGUGCUGGGGCGGGGCUCCGGGCUGCCCAGCCCUCCCCUCGCCAUGGAGAGCACUGUCAGCUCAGCUGGCCUGCGCGUGUUUGCCCCGCUGGCUGAGCCCAGCACUGCCAAGGUGCUAGAGGGCCCUUCACAGGCUCCCUGCGGGGCCUAGAGACGCGGGAUCCCGAGGCUGAGCAGCCUGGCCAUUCCUGCCCCUGUGCUUUUUCGUUCCUUCUGGGUGGAAGUGGCAGAGCUGUAUGUCCACGCCUUCCUGCAAUGUGGCAUGAGGGAAUUUGGUGCUCAAAUGCUCCUUUUUGCUUCUUCCCAGGAAACACCCAAGGCUCUUGCUUCUCUUUCCCCCUGUGCAGGGCAGGAUUUGUCCUGGGUGAAGUGUCAGCCCUUAGCGAGCAGUUUUAGGUACUGGGUGGUGCUUACAGGUUGUGAGGGGGCCCUGCCAGUGGGUCACCCCAGAAGUCUGGCGUCCGCCUGGAGCUGUCUGAGAACCGUGAGCUCCGGGUGAGGAGGGGCCUCCCAGCUAGCACGGCGGUCUCCCUUCUUCGGAUUGAUGUGAGAUGGUCACAAUGAGAACCUCUGGGGUUUGAUGUGACUGUGGAUGGAGAGGAGAACGGAAGGCUGUGUGUGUGCGCGCGUGUGAGUGUGUGCGUGCGUGUGAGUGUGCGCGUGUGUGAGUGGGUACGCAUGUGCGUGCACGUAAGGGUCAGUCCUGGUUUUAUUUAAGUACAAAUAAAAAUAGUUUAUGUAACAGUA